ACUGCACUCUGCUACACUUGCUGUACCGAGGAGCAGCAUGUAUAAAUUGUGCGUUGGAGGGAAAUAGGGACGGAAAGUGAAAUAAAAAGUGAUUUCGUGUAAAUAAUAGUGUUUACAGGAUCUGAAAUAUAAACCUGAAUUACAUUUUUCUUUUGCAAAAACUGUAAAUAUAAUGGCUCAAAUUGGAAAUGUGACGGCAGAUCAGCUGAUUGCUGGCUCCAGUAUACUGUCAAGACCAGCUGAUGAAUUCGGCAAUGACCCGUCUGUGGAGGCAAUGUGGGCGAUAAAAGCUAUGGAACACGCAGAAGUUUAUUUCAAUAUUUUAUGCUCAGUUGACCCGAAACUUUUGCGACUUACGCCUCACGAUGAGCAGAUUUGCAAGGCAUUCAGAGAUGUUUUUCCUAAUAUGAAAGUAGACAAGAUAGACGAAGACGAGUUGAAGUCUCCGGAAGGCAAGGCGAAAUGGAGGUCCUUCUGCGAGCAGUUCAAGGAUAUUGUGGAGGACUACAGCUUCGGUACGCUGCUGAGAGCAGAUUGUACCGAGGAUUACUCGGAGAAGAACAGCAUACUAACAACCAGGAUACAGUUUUACGCUAUCGAGCUUGCAAGAAACAGGGAAGGCCUGAACGAUGGUAUACGGGGAAAGUACAAGCCAAGGAGAACCGUCAAAAAGUAACUAAAUUUAACCGCGCCGAUAUUGCAAUCGACACCAUUGUUUGUAUCGAUAUCAUCAAGAAUAGAAUCGUAUAUCUAAUUUUCGACUAAUCUUUUUUUAUAAUCGAACGAAUGGACGCAAGUUUGCAUGACACGUAAUAAAAGGUACACAUGUAACGA